GAUACACAACAAUGUCCCUACGCGCCGCCGUCAGAACAGGUCGUCUGCUCAAGUCUGCGCCAGUGGCUGCACGGCCAGCCGUCUGUGCGGCGGCACGCAGCUUGCACUCAUCUCGUCCCUCUAGAGCCUCCGAGUCUCCUUUCACUGAACAAACCUCUCCCAACCCGACCAUUACCAAAUACGCCGAGACGACCGAAAAGCUACACUCCUACGGCUCCUACCUCCUCCAAUGCCUCCCUAAAUAUAUCCAACAAUUCUCAGUCCUCAAAGACGAACUGACGCUCCACAUCUGUCCCUCCGGCGUCGUCCCCGUCCUCACCUUCCUCCGCGACCACGCGCAAUGCCAGUUCAAAUCCGUCAUGGACGUGACUGCUGCUGACUUUCCUGAGCGGGACAGGCGGUUCGAGAUUGUGUAUAAUCUGUUGAGUAUCAGGCAUGCGGGGAGGAUUAGGGUGAAGACGUAUGCGGGUGAGGCGGACCCUGUACCGAGUGCGGUGCCGGUAUUUAGGGGUGCGGAUUGGUAUGAGAGGGAGACAUAUGAUUUGUUUGGUAUCUUCUUUGAGGGUCACCCAGACUUGCGUCGUAUCAUGACCGACUACGGCUUCGAGGGUCACCCUCUCCGGAAGGACUUCCCUCUCACCGGCUACACCGAAGUUCGUUACGACGAAGAGCGCAAGCGCGUCGUCUACGAGCCUCUACAGCUCACCCAAGCAUUCCGCAACUUCGAGGCCCUCUCUCCAUGGGAACAAGUCGGCGGUGGAACCGAGCCUCACCGACCAGACGAGCUCAAGCCCGUCCCGCCGCCCAAACCUGCCGAGGAGCAGAAGAAGUAGGUAUCUUGCCGCUCAGCUACAUCUUUUUGCGGGAG